CCUCCCUGCCCCCGCAGGACCCGGCUGGGGAGGAGUGAAAGCUACAAGCAGUGCAGCGGGAGAGAAGAAGCUGCGGUGGUCCCCGUGCGCUCUGUCCUGAGCCCUCCCUGGGGGCAGGAGGAGGAGUGGCAGGCAACAGCGGCAGAGGGAGGCCCCCUGAUGAAGAUGCCGCUGCCCUGGACCUUUGCGCUCCCGCUGCUGCUCCCCUGGGUGGCAGGUGGAUCAGGGAACGCGGCCAGUCCAAGGGAUCACGGCUGGUCGGCACCGGCACUCCAGCCUGGGGUCUGUCGCUAUGGAACCAAGCUGGCCUGCUGCUAUGGCUGGAGAAGGAGCAGCAAGGGACUCUGUGAAGCUACAUGUGAACCUGGCUGCAAGUUUGGUGACUGUGUGGGACCAAACAAAUGUAGAUGCUUCCCAGGAUACACCGGGAAGACCUGCAGUCAAGAUGUGAACGAGUGUGGAGAGAAGCCCCGGCCAUGCCAACACAGAUGUGUGAACACACAUGGAAGCUACAAGUGCUUUUGCCUCAGUGGCCACAUGCUCAUGCCAGAUGCCACAUGUGCCAACUCCAGGACGUGCGCCAUGACACACUGCCAGUACCGCUGUGAAGACACGGACGAAGGGCCGCGGUGCCUAUGUCCGUCCUCGGGACUCCACCUGGCCCCAGAUGGCAGAGUCUGCAUCGAUAUCAAUGAAUGUGCCUCUGGCAAAGCCGUCUGUCCCUACAAUCGAAGAUGUGUGAACACGUUUGGAAGCUACUACUGCAAAUGUCAUGUUGGUUUUGAACUGAAAUAUAUCAGUGGCCGAUAUGACUGUGUAGAUAUAAAUGAAUGCGCUGUGAAUACGCAUACGUGCAGCCUCUAUGCCAAUUGCCUCAAUACCCAAGGAUCUUUCAAGUGCAAGUGCAAGCAGGGAUAUAAAGGCACGGGACUUCAGUGUUCUGUAAUCCCUGAAAAGUCUAGGAAGAAAGUCCUCAGAGCACCCAGCACCAUCAAAGACAGAAUCAAGAAGUUGCUUGCUCACAAAAACAGCAUGAAAAAGAAGGUAAAAAUUAAAAACGUCAUCACGGAACCUGCCGGGACUCCCGCCCCUAAGGGUAACUUGUGGCCCUUCACCUCUGAAGACAGUAUUUCCAGAGAUGGGUACCCGAAUAGUGGCAACAAGGAGACUGAGGAGGGAAAGAAACAUGGGCUGGGGAAAGGGACAAGGGAUGAGGCCGCCCUGAAGAACCACGUGGAGCAGGAGCAAAGCCUUCGAGGAGAUGUGUUUUCCCCUAGGGGGAAUGAAGCAGGUGAAUUGGGACUGGUUCUGGUCCAAAGAAAAGCAAUGCCAUCCAGACUGGAACACAAAGCAGAUUUAAACAUCUCAGUUGACUGCAGCUUCGACCGUGGGGUCUGUGACUGGAAGCAGGACAUAGACGAUGAUUUUGACUGGAGUCCUGCGGAUGAAGAUAAUGCUGUCGGCUACUAUAUGGCAGUUCCGGCCCUGGCAGGCCACGAGAAGGACAUUGGUCGAUUGAAACUUCUCCUCCCUGACCUGCAGCCCCAAAGCAACUUCUGUUUGCUCUUUCAUUACUGGCUGGCCGGAGACAAAGUCGGGAAACUUCGAGUGUUGGUGAAAAACGGGAACAGUCCUCUGGCAUGGGAGGGGACCAAGAGUGAGAAUAAAAGGUGGAAGACCGGGAAAAUUCAGUUACAUCAGGGGACUGACACUACCAAACGCAUCGUUUUUGAAGCAGAACUCGGCCAGGGCAACACCGGAGAGAUUGCAGUGGACGGUGUCGUGCUCGUGUCUGGCUUGUGUCCCGAUGGCCUUUUAUCCGUGGGUGCUUGAAUGCUGCUGUUGUCUGUUCUAUCUUUAUAUUUGACCUUUAAUGUCACGUGUCUGUCUUUUGAUUUUAUAUCACAGAUGUCCCUGUACUUUAAAAAUACAAACUGAAUAAUUGCCAUGUACCAACACAAGCAUCAUUGUAAGGUGCCUUUCUUAUAGAGAGGCAUCAAUAUUUGCUUUAAAUUCAUUUCUGGGUUGAUAAAAUGUGAAAAUGUCAGUUCAGCCUCCCCCCAUACAUCUCAUAUGUCUACUUGUGUUAAUGAACCUUUCUAUACAACAUUUCUAGAGUUACAAAAAAAAAAAAAACCAAAACAGAGAAAUGUUUAACUGUGUGGCUUUUAUGGCACAUCUUAGAAAUGAUGACAUCACAGAUAGACUUUUACUUAAGUGGCUUAACUAGAUCUUUUGUAUCCAAACUUGUUUAUUUAAAUUCUUUGUAAUAAUAAUAUCCAAAUAAUCA